CGCAGAUAGCACGCGGGGCGCACACACGCAGCGCACGGGCCCACCCAGUGCAGAAAGCCCUGACCCGACGGCCUUGGGCGGAGACAAUCUCAUCUUUCCUUGGGCCGCCCCCUCGCCCCGCCAGCCUCCCGGGCCCAGGAGCCCAGUGACCCCGGACCGCUGGAAAGCCCCUGAAGGGUCCCUAGGCCCAGCCGGCUGCCAGGAAGCCGCGCAACGGGGGCCGCCCCUCCCCGCCUCCCGCCCGGCGGUGGCCCUGGGCCCCCGCCCUGCGCUGCACUCUCGCCCUGGCCUCGAGGACAGCAGUGUCCCUAGCCAUGGGGACAGACGAUGGUGAGCUGGCCCUGGAGGCCCCACAGCCCACCCACAUCGACGUACACAUCCAUCAGGAUUCGGCCCUGGUCAAGCUCCUGCUGUCUGGAUGCUCCUGGCUGCUGCCCCCAGCCAGCAAGACCCCAGGCAGCAGCCGGCUGCUGGUGGCCUCCUGGGUGGUGCAGAUCGUGCUGGGGGUCUUCAGUGGGGUCCUGGGAGGAGUCUUGUACAUCACCCACUACUCCAUCAUACUCGGCUCAGGAGCUGCCAUCUGGGCAGGGGCUGUGGCUGUGCUGGCUGGAGCUGCUGCCUUCAUCUACCAGAAACAGGGUGGCAUCUGCUGGGCCCUGCUGAAGACCCUGCUGGCACUGGCAGCUUUCUCCACAGCCAUUGCUGCCAUUGUAUUUGGGGUCAGGAGUUUGCAAUUCAGCUAUUACUAUGAUGACUAUGUCUGCAAUUGUAAGUCCCACUCCUGGGACUGGUACACCCCAUCCCCCAGCACCACCGAGAGUCCAGAAGUCAGACUGUGUGUCUCCUACCUGCAAAUGCUAGGGGCUCUGUUCAUAGGCCUUCAGGUCAUGCUCUUGAGUAUAUGGGUUCUUCUGCUCCUGGCAUCUCUGACCCCUCUGUGGCUGUACUGCUGGAGAAGAUUCAUACAGAAGGAGGCAAGUCCCUAAAGAAAGAGACCAGAAGAAGCUGCUGGGAAUGAGUGGGACCUAGACCUACACUGAGACUUGGGCCUGGGCGUGGUGCUUCCUAGUGGUCGUCCCUGCACCUGACCCCAGGAAGAAGAACCAGACCGGGGAAAAGACAGUCUUUGGCAGCCACAGCCACUACCCUGCUUCACCUGCCAUCGUAGCAGCACUUGCCUUUUCUUGCUCCUCUUAUCACCCUGCUCUGCUGUGGGUCCCCUCCUGAGCAGUAAUUUGAUAAUAAACUCUCACACUGUUGCUCUCA